AGUUACAAAUUAGUUAAACAACCAAAAACGCCUAUAAGCUUAAAAUAGUUUGUUUACAAGUGCGAUUUAUUUAUAUUUGACGACGCUGCCCCGAGCAUUUCUGCUUUGUUUUAGUGGCUUCCUGAUAAAAAGAAAGACCAGUACCCCUCACAGACAAAGCCGGCAGUUUGAGAAGCUUUAGCCAAUAAGAGGCGAGAGUAGGCGGGUUUGAAACGCCGCAGCCAACGAGAGGCGAGAGUAGGCGGGUUUUGCGCUGCUCUGAGCUACGCACACAGAAUGGGUUGCUUGUACGGUAGUGCAGUAAUGUGAGCGCUAUUUGUGGAUACAACUUUUAUAAAUGUAUCAAAGGAUAACUACUUUUAAAACCGACGUGAAAGAAAAACGCUACCAUUUGCGACCCUGUUCUUCAUCGUUAAUCGAGACACACUACUAAACAAAGAUGGAAUUGGUGCAGAUUAAAGAAGAGCAGCUCCCCCCAGUGGCACAAAGCAGCAUUGCCGAGGAUGUGUCAGAGCUGGGGUCCAUCUGUGUGAAGGAGGAGGCUCCUGAACUACUGAUCAAAGCAGAGAACAAAUCUGAUUCAGAAAUCUGUGCAGAAUGUGGGAAAAACUAUCAGACUCACCCGAGGACUGGUAAUUCCCGGUGUUCGGUUUGCGAUCAGAAUUCCAGGGGGUCUGAAAUCCCCAGACGCCCCUCAGAGCCCACCCACACCUGCCCCGAGUGUGGCGCCAAAUUCAGCCACUCAAACUCUCUGAAGAGACACCAGCGAGUUCACACAGGAGAGAAACCGUAUCACUGCCCGGACUGCGGGGAGAGCUACGGCAGACUGGAGCACCUGAGAAACCAUCAGCGAGUUCAUACUGGGCAGGCUCUGUACCAGUGCUCCCAAUGCAAAAAGAGCUUCAGCCAACUGGGCAACCUGAAGCUCCAUCUGAGGAUCCAUACUGGGGAGAAAGCCUACCACUGUGCUGAGUGCGGGCAACUGUUUGUACAGCUGGGGGACCUGAAGCAGCACAAGCUGAUUCACGCUGGGGGCGACACUGCGUACCAGUGUUCCCAGUGUGCGGCAGGCUUCUCCCAGUUCCAGGAGCUGAAAGAGCACCAGAGGGUCCACGCUAAAGGGGGUGCGGGUUUCGUUGAGCCCCCCGAGAGCUUGUUUAUCUGCGAGCAGUGUGGGGACAGCUUCACCCAGUCGGGGCAUUAUAAAACUCACCAACGCAUUCACACAGGAGAGAAACCCUAUCACUGUCAGCAAUGUGGGCAGAGCUUCACUUAUUCCAAUCAGCUGUCCGAUGAAGAGGUUUCCAAUACAGGUGAAGAUGAAACAGAGUUUAAUAGGGCUUCCUGCCACUCCACCCAGUGUGAAUUUGAAGUGGACUGUCAAAAUGAUGAGUUUGACAAUCACCCACUAUAUCCAGGAGCACCGCUCAGUAAAAAUGAAAGUGACCUUUGCAUUGAAACAUCGACUGACAGAUUCUGCUUUGGAUAAUCUUCUUGAACUUAUGUCAUGUCAUGUUAAAGACUUUCCUAAAACAACCAAAUACCAUCUGUACAAAAAGUUCAAUUGUGCAGACUUGUCAUCUAUGGUGCUGCAUUUUUUUUGUAAAAUAUGCCAAUCACAUAUCUGCCCUGAGAAUGAUAAUGUAGAUUCCUGUCCAGAAUGUGGUGAGGGGUUUAAUAAAGAAUUAAACAAAAAGGCUGGUCACUUUUUCAUCCAGCUCCCAUUGAAAAAGCAGGGACUGCUUGAAAAAGAAGCCAUUUUAGAUUACAUCCAGAAAAAUGUCCACACUAGAAGCAGAGAGAUAGGUGAUGUCACAUCUGGAAAACUGUACCAAAAAGUAAGGAAUUCCACACAGUUUCGUCAGAAUGGCAUUUCUCUUCAGUAGAACAGUGAUGGUGUUUCAGUAUUUAAAUCAUCCAGAAGCAGUUUCUGGCUUAUUCAGGUAAUGGUGAAUGAACUCCCAUACAAGUUAAGAAUCAACAAUGUUCUGUUGUCAUGUCUGUGGUUUGGCCCAGGAAAGCCCAGGAUGGACAGCAACUUGAGUGUUUUUGUUAAAGAGUUAAAUGAUUUGCAUGAAACAGGUGUACAGUAACAAUUCCAGGAGAAGGUCAGAAGGUUGUUAAAAUACAUACUUUAAUUUGUUCAGCAGAUUCAGUGGCUAGACCAGCCCUUCGUAACACAACCCUGUUUAAUGGCAAGUAUGGUUGUGACUUUUGUCUCCAUCCUGGUCAGCAUGUUCACAAGGGAAGAGGAUUCACUAGAGUACACCCCAUUAAAGAAAAAGAUCCACCUAUAAGAACUUUGUUUGGUGAACUAUUAUGUUUUUGGUUUCUAUGGUGUCACAAUGCAUUACCCAAACAUUUCACGAUUCCCUCAGACCACUCGUGAACUCAAGUAGAAGUUCAGGAGCUAGUAGUUUCAAUGAUAGUCCCCAAAAAGGGCGACAAAACCGAACCAGGUAACUACAGACCAAUAAGCCUGACUUCUAUUAUAUGUAAACUUAUGGAAACUAUAAUAAGAUCCAAAAUGGAAAAUUACCUAUAUGGUAACAAUAUCCUGGGAGACAGCCAGCAUGGUUUUAGGAAAGGGAGAUCAUGUCUAACUAACCUACUUGACUUUUUUGAGGAUGCAACAUUGAAAAUGGAUAACUGCAAAGCAUACGACAUGGUUUAUUUAGAUUUCCAGAAAGCUUUUGACAAAGUCCCGCAUAAAAGAUUAAUUCUGAAACUGAACGCAGUAGGGAUUCAAGGAAAUGCAUGCACAUGGAUUAGGGAGUGGUUAACAGGUAGAAAACAGAAAGUACUGAUUAGGAGGAGAAACCUCGAAAUGGAGUGAGGUAACCAGUGGUGUACCACAGGGAUCAGUAUUAGGUCCUCUGCUAUUCCUAAUCUACAUUAAUGAUUUAGACUCUGAUAUAGUAAGCAAACUCGUUAAAUUUGCAGACGACACAAAAAUAGGAGGAGUAGCAGACACUGUUGAAGCAGCAAAGAUCAUUCAAAAUGAUCUAGACAGCAUUCAAAAUUGGGCAGACACAUGGCAAAUGAAAUUUAAUAGAGAAAAGUGUAAAGUAUUGCAUGCGGGCAAUAAAAAUGUGCAUUAUAAAUAUCAUAUGGGAGAUAGUGAAAUUGAAGAAGGGAACUAUGAAAAAGACCUAGGAGUUUAUGUUGACUCAGAAAUGUCUUCAUUUAGACAAUGUGGGGAAGCUAUAAAAAAGGCUAACAAGAUGCUUGGAUAUAUUGUGAGAAGUGUUGAAUUUAAAUCAAGGGAAGUAAUGUUAAAACUCUACAAUGAAUUAGUAAGACCUCACCUAGAAUAUUGUGUUCAGUUCUGGUCACCUCGUUACAAAAAGGAUAUUGCUGCUCUAGAAAGAGUGCAAAGAAGAGCGACCAGAAUUAU